AAUAAAAUUACACAGUACCAUAGAAAGACAAAACCUAAUUAGAAUCUUUCUUCUCCUCUGCCUCACUCCUUUUGUUCUCGCGAUUCAUCUUCAGGUUUUGGUGUUUUUUGAAUGGUAAAAAGAUAAUGGUUGAGAAAGGCAAACGGUAUCAUUCUCGAUCCGAGAGGAAUUAUGAAGGGGAUAAUAGAAAUCCAAAGAGGCGGACUCAUGAUAGAGAUGAGAGGGUGAGUAAUGACGAGCUGAUUGUGUAUAGGAUACUGUGCCCUGACAGGGUGAUUGGGAGUGUGAUAGGAAAGAGUGGAAAAGUCAUAAAUGCGAUCAGGCAGGAUUCGAGGGCCAAAGUUAAAGUGGUUGAUCCAUUUCCUGGUGCCAAGGAUAGAGUAUUAACUAUUUAUUGUUACGUCAGGGAGAAAGUAGAUGUGGAAGUUGACAAUGAAUUUGACGAUACGGAGCCUCUCUGUGCUGCUCAGGAAGCUCUCCUAAUGGUGCAUACUGUGAUUUCGAAUGCUGUGGCGUCGCUUAGUGACCCUUACAAGAAGGAUUCAGAUAAGGAGGAGUGCCAGAUUCUUGUGCCAGCCAGCCAAUCGGCAAAUAUAAUUGGCAAGUCUGGGUCUACUAUCAAAAAACUGAGAGGCAAGACAAGGACAAAUAUUAGGGUCACAUCCAAGGAUGCAAGUGAUCCCACUCAUUCUUGUGCCAUGCACUUUGACAACUUUAUUCAGAUAACUGGUGAAUCAGAGGCAGUUAAAAAGGCACUAUUUGCAAUUUCUGCAAUCAUGUACAAGUUUGGUCCAAAGGAAGAUAUUUCUCUCGAUACUACUGUACCAGACAUCCAUCCUGGCAUAAUUAUUCCUUCAGAUGUACCUGUGUAUCCAGCUGCAGGACUCUAUCCCGGUCUAGAUUCUAUUGUUAAUUCAAGAUCCCUUCCAUCCAUUUUAAGUGCCACACCUGUACCAGAACUUUCUCAUUAUGCUGAUACAGCACAGACGUGGCCUGUAUAUUCAUCUUCUGUUCCCGUGGUUUCUGGUUACGGUGGUGCAUCCCGUUCAGAGGAAUUAAUUAUUAAAGUUCUGUGUUCCUCUAGUAAGAUUGGCCGUGUUAUUGGCAAGUUAGGGGCUUCAAUUAAAAGCGUGAGGCAGACUAGUGGUGCAAGGGUUGACGUUGAUGAUAAGAAGACUGAUAAUAAUGACUGUACCAUCACUGUCACUUCUACAGAGAAAUUGGACGAUAUGAAAUCGAUGGCAGUUGAAGCAGUUUUAUUGCUACAAGAGAAAAUCAAUGACGAGGAAGAUGAUACCAUAUCUAUUAGGCUGCUAAUUCCUUCUAAAGUUAUUGGUUGUAUAAUUGGCAAAAGUGGUUCAAUUAUUAAUGAAAUCAGGAAGAGAACAAAGGCGGAUGUUCGUAUCUCCAAAGGAGAUAAGCACAAACGCGCAGAUGACAGUAGCGAAGUUGUUGAGGUUGUUGGUGAAGUCAGUAGUGUGAGGGAUGCGCUUGUCCAGAUUGUUCUCAGGCUUCGAGAUGAUGUCUUGAGAGACAGGGAAGGAAAUCGAAAUCCAGAUGGUGCUGGACAUGGUUCUUUAUACCCUGGUAGCACAAGUCUUUCGAUGCCUCAAGUUUUGCCUAGCAUUCCUCCUGUUGGUCAUGCAGGUUAUGAACAGCAGAGAGGGGAUGGUGGGAGUGGCUUAAGCAUGCUAUCCUCAGAUAGCUUUUAUGGAUAUGGAUCAUUGCCGAUGGGUGACAGUGGCUAUGGGUCUUUGUCGUCUCCAUAUUCAUCAAAGCUGUAUGGCAGCGGAUUGCCUCCUCCAACAGAUCUUGAGAUGGUGGUUCCUGCUCAUGCAGUGGGCAAAGUGAUGGGCAAAGGAGGGGCCAAUAUUGAUAACAUCCGAAAGCUUUCAGGAGCAGAUGUAGAUAUCUCCCAUCCAAAAUCUUCACGAGGCGACCGUGUGGCUCUUAUCUCUGGUACACCUGAACAGAAGCGUUCUGCUGAGAACAUGAUUCAGGCAUUUAUAAUGUCUACUUAAAUUUCCAAUAAUCUUCUGCAUUGGAGGUGAAUUUUAGCUUAACUGUUGCGGCUUUGCCAAAUCUUGUUUUCUCCAUAGUUCCUUUAGGCUUUAGCAAUGGAGAAGGCUUCAGCCUUCAUAUCUUAGGUUUCUUCUUCUGUAAUCCUGUAUCUUCCCUACCAAAUCUUUCGAAGCAUAUGAAGGAAGACUCAUAAAGCGAAUCUAGGUUUCAUCUGUGGUGUUGUAGGAUCUUGUCUAUCUGCCUUAUCUUAGAAUUUAAUCAGGAUCUUUUCAAUUCUAACAAUCAGUUCUUUCUUCUAAACUCUAAAACUUUUAUGCUCUAUGAAAUUGAUGUUCGUGCCA